GCUCUAAAAUAAAGAUAGCGGGGCGUUAAAGAAUUUGGUAAUUCCUUCGAAUUCUUACAAUGGUCAUCACUUCUUGGGACACUCUCCUUGUCUGAGUGCUGGCUCUCAUGGAAGCCACUGUCGCGUCUCCUUCGAUUCUUGGUUCAUGUACUCUUAAGUUCCUUGUUCAAUCACGAUAUGGACUUCACUCGCAGAUGCCAUUUGACGCCGUCCGUCGAACUCGAAACCGAGGUUUCAAAUCGAAGUCCCGGAAAAGACCGCGAAGCAUCCCGUCAUUCGCGCCUGGCAUUCAAGCUAUUAAUUUUUCCUCAAAAUCCGUUCGCUCAGAAGGGGGACAGGAAUCAUGUUUGGAAGAUUCUACUGGCUCUCGGUCGGUUAAGUUAGAAGACAAUGGAAGCGUUUUAGCUAUUGCAGAUGUCAACCAUGAAAAUCCCGAGGGAACCUUUUCCAAGUCCAUAUUUAGACAACUUCUUUGUGCAUUGUUUUGUUUUGCCAUCAGUUUUUCUUCCGUCGGGGCAGUUCGAGUUCCUGCACUUGCCGCGCCUGUGGUGAACGUGGAUAUUGUGGAAAAGAAAGAUAAGGGUAAGGACAAAAAUGAGAAUUUCAAGGGUCAUGAGUACACUGACUGCACAAAGAGGUUGCUAGAGACGGUGUCAGGUUUACUAAGGAGCAUGGAAGAGGCUAGGAAAGGUAAUGGGAAUAUGAACGAAGUGCACCUGGCGAUGAAGGCUGUAAGCCUGAAGAAGGGGGACUUGGAAAACGAGAUUAUGAGCAAGCUUUAUGCGGAGGUAAAAGAGUUAAGGAGAGACAAAGGACGCUUGGAGAGAAGAGCUGGGCAGAUUAUUGAUGAGAUAGCGAAAGUUAAAGGAGAUUAUGAUAAAUUAAACCAGAAGGUGAGUAGGGACACAGAGAAGGCAAGGAUGGAGUGGUUGGACGAGAGGAUGAGAGAGCUGGAGAGGGAUUACAAUGAGAUAUGGGAGAGAGUCAGUGAGAUAGAUGACUUAAUUUUGAGGAGGGAAACGGUAGCAUUGAGUUUUGGUGUAAGGGAAAUUUCCUUUAUAGAGAGGGAAUGUGAGCAGUCGGUGAAGAAAUUUAAGCAGGAAGUUGGAAAGAAGGUUAUGAUAAGUUCUCCUGAAAGAUCAAUUACGAAGCUCCCAAAAGUUAAUCUUCAGAAAGACUUGGAAACUGUGCAAAGAAGACACUUGGAGCAAUUAAUUCUUCCCAGUAUUUUGGAAGUUGAAGAUCUUGAACCAUUCUUUGACCAAGACUCCAUUGAUUUGGCUCAACGAUUAAGAAAAGGCCUAAAAGACUCGAGGGAGUUGCAAAGAAAUUUGGAGGCUUUGAUAAGAAAUAAGAUGAAGAAGUUUGGUAGGGAAAAUCGCAGUAUUAUUUACUCACCGGAAGAUGAGGUGGUGAAGGGUUUUCCUGAAGUUGAACUGAAGUGGAUGUUUGGCAAUAAGGAGGUUGUGGUUCCUAAUGCCAUCGGUCUUCAUUUGUACCAUGGUUGGAAGGAAUGGCGUGAAGAAGCUAAAGCCGAAUUAAAACGUAAUUUAAUAGAAAAUGCUGAGUUUGCCAAACAAUAUGUGGUGGAAAGACAGGAACGGAUUCUUACGGAUAGAGAUAGAGUAGUGUCAAAGACUUGGUACAACGAAGAGAAAAAUAGAUGGGAAAUGGAUCCAAUGGCUGUUCCUUAUGCUGUCUCCAAAAAGUUAAUAGAGCAUGCCCGGAUAAGACAUGAUUGGGGUGCCAUGUAUGUUGCUCUCCGAGGGGAGGAGAAAGAAAUUUUUGUUGACAUAAAGGAAUAUGAAAUGAUCUUUGAAAAAUUUGGGGGUUUUGAUGGGCUGUACAUGAAAAUGCUUGCCAGUGGCAUUCCGACAACUGUUCAUUUGAUGUGGAUUCCUUUCUCGGAGUUGGACAUACGUCAACAAUUUCUCUUGACAUUACGGCUAUCUCAUCGCAUUUUGAGUGGGUUGUGGAAUUCUGGAAUAGUAUUGUAUGCAAGAAAUUGGGUCUUCAGGAAAAUUAAGAAUAUAACUGAUGAUAUACUGAUGAUGAUAGUUUUUCCUAUUGUGGAGUUUUUGGUCCCUUACCCGGCACGGAUGCAAUUGGGGAUGGCUUGGCCUGAGGAAAUAGAUCAGACAGUUGACACAACAUGGUACUUGAAGUGGCAAUCAGAGGCAGAAUUGAAUUUCAAAUCCAGAAAAACAGAUGAUGCUCGAUGGUUUAUUUGGUUUUUUAUUAGAACUGCUAUAUUUGGGUUCUUCUUGUUUCAUUUGUUUCAAUUUAUGAUGAGAAAAGUUCCAAGUCUUCUUGGUUACGGCCCUUUACGAAGAGAUCCAAAUGUGCAGAAGUUGCGACGAGUGAAAUCAUAUGUGAUUCAAAAACUCAGAAGAAUCAAGCAUAAUAGAAAAGCUGGUUUUGAUCCUAUAAAGACAGCUUUUGAAGAAAUGAAGAGGGUGAAGAAGCCACCAAUACCAUUGAAGAACUUUGCUAGUAUUGAGUCUAUGAGAGAGGAAAUCAAUGAAGUUGUGGCUUUUUUGCAAAAUCCUAGAGCCUUCCAAGAAAUGGGUGCUAAGGCACCUCGGGGGGUUCUUAUUGUAGGUGAAAGGGGCACAGGGAAAACAUCUUUAGCACUGGCUAUAGCUGCAGAAGCUAGGGUGCCUGUUGUUGAAAUCAAGGCCCAACAACUGGAAGCUGGGCUGUGGGUUGGACAAAGUGCAUCCAAUGUUCGCGAAUUGUUUCAAACAGCAAGGGAUUUGGCUCCUGUAAUCAUAUUUGUGGAGGAUUUUGACCUGUUUGCUGGUGUGCGUGGCACGUUCAUCCAUACCAAAAAUCAAGAUCAUGAGGCUUUCAUUAAUCAAUUGCUUGUGGAGCUUGAUGGAUUUGAGAGACAAGAUGGGGUUGUUUUGAUGGCUACUACGAGAAGUCUUAAGCAAAUUGAUGAGGCCUUGCAGAGGCCAGGUCGCAUGGAUAGAAUAUUUCAUCUUCAAAGACCAACUCAAGCAGAGAGAGAGAGAAUAUUGUACUUGGCUGCAAAAGAAACCAUGGAUGACCAACUCAUUGAUUAUGUAGAUUGGAAAAAGGUUGCUGAGAAGACAGCUCUUUUACGUCCUAUUGAACUUCAAUUAGUUCCUGUGGCUUUGGAAGGAGGUGCCUUCCAGAGCAAAUUUCUUGAUACUGAAGAGCUAAUGAGCUACUGUAGUUUCUUUGCGACUUUCAGUUCUAUGAUCCCCAAAUGGGUGCGCAAGACCAAAGUUGCCAGGAAGCUUAGCAAAAUGUUUGUGAAUCAUCUGGGACUAACAUUGGCAAAAGAAGAUCUGCAGCAUGUUGUUGACUUGAUGGAACCAUAUGGUCAGAUAAGUAAUGGGAUAGAGCUUCUGACCCCCCCAUUGGAUUGGACAAGGGAGACCAAGUUUCCUCACGCAGUCUGGGCUGCUGGUCGUGGUCUUAUUGCUCUUCUCUUACCAAAUUUUGAUGUUGUGGAUAAUUUAUGGCUCGAACCUCUCUCAUGGCAGGGAAUUGGAUGUACAAAAAUCACAAAGGCAAGAAAUGAAGGUUCGGUUCAUGGGAAUUCUGAAUCAAGAUCAUAUCUUGAGAAGAAACUUGUGUUUUGUUUUGGAUCAUAUGUUGCUUCCCAAAUGCUUCUUCCUUUUGGGGAAGAAAACUUCCUGUCUUCUUCUGAGAUACAGCAGGCACAAGAGAUAGCUACACGAAUGGUUAUUCAGUAUGGGUGGGGACCAGAUGACAGUCCUGCAAUUUACUACUAUCGUAAUGCGGUUACAUCAUUGAGCAUGGGGGAUGACCAUGAGUAUGUGAUGGCGAGCAAAGUUGAAAAGAUGUUUGACUUAGCAUAUCAAAAAGCGAAGGAAAUGCUGCAGAAAAAUCGUUCAGCACUUGAAAAAAUUGUGGAGGAAUUACUUGAAUUUGAAAUUCUGACUGAAAAGGAUUUGAGAAGAAUUGUUGAAGACAAUGGGGGAAUCAAGGAGAAAGAACCGUUUUCCCUUUGUGGACUUUAUGAUGAACAGUCAACACCUGGCAGCUUGCUUGAAAUAGGAAGUACAUCUGGAAACAGUUCUCUUGCAGUAACCUAGAUCAGUGGAGUAUUUUUUAUGGGUCACAGUUUGAGGUGAUUCCCCAGUUUAUGUGUAGUUUGAGCGUGUUUGGCGUAUGAUGCAACAUGCGUAUUUUGCCCGUGUCGUGUUCUCAAUCGGAAGAGAAGAGGUAGCAUUUUUCCUUCUCAGCCAUAAUUUCCUGAUGUUCUUAAUAGGAAAAUCUCAAUAGUCAACAGUGCCUUUUGAUACUGUAAAUCGUUUAUUGCACCGAUAUUCUAUUUAUUCUACAUGUUUCUUUGAAGUUUGAAUACAAACAUGUCUGCGGAGCUGGAAGGUGUCAACCUCUAGUCCUUGGGUUCUGGCCGUUAAAAAAGGAAAAAGAUCCUAGUCCUCAAGGAACAAUUUGUAAUUAAUUGCAAGGUACUGCUUUAUUAUUGAAAAUGAAAUAUUAAAACAAAAUGUCUUGCCAAGCAAGACAAUCGAAAGUUUACCUCUA